GUUGAGUACGAAACAAUUUGGCUGUAGAUAUAUCGGCAUUUGCACCGCAUCCGAAAAAAUAAUUUUAAUACAAGAUUUUUUAAGAAGAAAUUCCGUUUUGUGAUUCUUAAAAAGAAUUGAAAAGUUAAGUUGUUAAAACAUUUUUUCUACUUAUUUGUUGAAAGUGUUUGAUGUCGCGAGAAAGAGAGAAACAUACACAACACCGACAUUGUUAAGCCGCUAAAGGAAAAAUUGUUGUUGUUAUUCUUUGGAGCUUAGUCUUUACAAUUUUGACUUUUUUUCAAAUUGCAUUGUGCAUCGAAAUUGCAAAAUAAAUCCAACAAUAGGUGAACAAAUUCAUAUCAAAUCGCAGCUGUUUACAGUAUUGUUCAAUAACUUCAGUUGCUGCUUCAUUGAAUCAUCAUCAAAAUGCCUAAAUCGGUAAGUUUGCACAAUGCUCAAGUAUUAUAAGAUAGAUCGGGUUAGCUAUACGUCAAAAUAAUUCUUUGCCGAAGGAGUUAGGAAGAAAAUGUCUUCAUUUCGCAAAGCCAGAACGAUGAAUCAGUUUUGGUUCUGCCGACAAAAAUGCAACAUUUUUUCUGUGUUGAAAAUUCUACCAGACGUGACAAUUCAUUAUUGUUCACUAGACAUUCCAAAAUCAAGAUAUUUGCAGCAUUGAAAGCACAUAUCUUUUGACGACAUAAUGAAAAGCCGAAUGAAUGUAUUCGCCACAAAUGUAGAAAUUGUGUUUUGUUUUGUUUUAAUGUGAUUCUUGAGUCUAGCCCGCGUGCUAACAUACACAGGCCAUAUUUCUUUCGCUGGUAUUUUUAAUGCCACCGAAUGGACAAUGGACACUGGAUAUAAAUUGUGUCACAUAGGCACAAUUAUUACCAUUUCCAUGCAAUGCGGAGAAGCCAUACGAUUCACUCAACAAAUAGGUAACGCGCGCGAUAUAGAGAAGCGGCGGUUUUCUUUCAACACCAAUGGAAAUCUUCUUUCAUAGUGUACGCAAUGUAGAAAAAAAAAGACUUUCUGUAGCCCAUUGUUCUUCGGCCCAUUUUCAACUGUGCUGCACAUUAAACGCAGAACUAAGCAAAAUAGUUCAUUGUUUUGGGGAAAGAAGUAAAAAGCAAAAAAAAAACCAUCAACUAUACGGUCGGUCGCCGAGCUCUAUGGAAAUAUUCUGUUCCAAAGUGCUUUGAAUCACACAAACUGUCGAACUCCAUUUAUUAGAUCAUGAGAGGCAACGAAAAAACCGACCAACCGACAAAAAAAACCGAAUCUAGUCAAACCAGUUUUUUUUCUUAGAGACGAUGAUGACAUUCUGCCGGUUCAUUUAGAGUGGCGUGUGUCGAAAAAUUUCGAAUCUCUUUGAUUACGAUCACACUCUCUAAGCCCAUAGUGAGCGACUUCAAACAUGUUCGGAUAUUUUUAAAAUCGAUUUACGUAACAGGGACAUUUAUUUUCUUUUGUGACAAACAAAAUGCAUUUUGAAUUCAUAACAGGAGAGACAAAAAAAAAUGAAAUGGCUACGAUCUAAAUGAGUCCAAUAACAAUUUAUCCGAUGGUGAAUCAUAAUUUUAUUGGCUCUAUUUGAAAGAAAAAAAUUCCAUUCAAGUACACCGUCUGACGUAAAAAGAUGUUACUACAACUCAAUCGUUUGUUCGUUCGUUCGUUCGUUUGUUAGUGUGUAUUUCUUGGAAAAUCUGAAACUUGCCAUCGCAUUGCAAUAUUCAAGAGGUGUGGAAACAAAGGUCAUUAGUUCAUUUCAUUCAUAGAAGAUAAAACAUUCAUGGGUCUUCCAUGUUGUCAUUUUGUGAAUUGUUCCACAUUUUUGUAGCGAAAAUGUAAUUCAUGCUUUUGGAAACGAUCAAUAUCGUCGAUGAAAACGUUAUGCAAAGGAAUUGGGAGCUCGGACUUGCAAAAAUGCGAAAACGUAACGCGACAUUAAAAUAUAUCGGCGAUGAUUUAACAAAAGCAAAAAUAUGCGUGAAUGGUGGUUUAUCAAAACCGCAUUGUCUUGGAGCAACAUCAUUAAUACUCUGAAACUGGCGAUGAAAGUAAAAAGGCCCUCAUCGGUAAUGAAAUGAAAUGAAAGCAAAACCAAGUUAAAGUGACCGAAUAAAGUUUUCCAUGCAGUCAGACGAAAGAAAUCAAAAUCACUUUCAACGCAGCGAAUUUUGUGAAUAAAAUAAAUUUCCAUAUCAUUGAAAUCCGUCAUAGCAACACGCACACACGAAAAUAAAAGCAGCGACAUGCGAGGCAGAGCAUGUAAGCAAGCAAGCAAGCAAAAAAAGCGAACGAUGAAAAAUAUGAACAAAGAAAAUAAAGCAAACAAUUUUUUUUAUAUAUGAUUCAACUUGCUAUUCGAUUAACGCGCAUUAUGCGUGGUUUGUACGCUUGUAGUGCGACAAAUAUGUGUGUCAUUCGUGUUUGCUUUCAGUGUUGAGUUUUUUUAUUCUGCUUCUCCCUAAUUCUAACUGACAAAAGAGCGAAAAACGAUAGACUCGAUAUCAGUGGCACCUUGUUUCGGUUGUUUUGAUAAGAAAACGACCGUAGUGAUCUACAUUCAUGCCGCAAAAGUACACACUCGACGUUUGGCGUCGCAAGAACGGUAUUUAAAUCUCGUGGGUUAAUUGCUGAACGCAAUGACUAAUUUGUCCGGGCAAAAAAAUGUUUGGAUCGUUUCGCAAUGGUUUCUAACCAACACACAAAAACAAAUCACAUGCACAAAAAACCAGUUGACUGCAUUUUAAACAUUUUUUUUUCUUCUGGUCGUAACGAAAGAAUUUUGUAUAUGGAAUGUGGUUUGAGUGUAUUGUGCAAAUGUCUUUUGAUGUGCCUGCAUCCGACGAAUGUUUGAAGCAAUCGAUGCGAAUUUAAAGAUUCGCACCAAAACCCAUUCAAAUUGUCUGACGUUGUCGAAAAUGAAAACAAAUAACCGAAUGAAAUAAGAAUGAUGGCGAAAAUACACCCAAAACAGAAUUAAUACUCAAAACAGGGAACGUUGCGGUCGUAGUGUCAGUGUUCGGCGUCAUUUUUAAAAAUAAAGAAAAAGCAGCAAAGUAAAUUUUAAAGCAGACACUUAUUAAUAAUAGAUUUGCACGAAGGAGAAGAACACAAGCAAACGGAUUCGAAAAACAAAACGAAAGCAAAAGGAAAUGCGAUACAGACAACAAAGCCAGACCAACGCAUCUCGAUGGAUUUGUGGGAGCGCGCGCGCUUGUAUAUAUACUCAAUUUUCGUUCUCGAAUGAUAUUUUCGGUAAUUCAUUGUAAAAUCAAAAGUUCUGUGGUCGCCUCAAUUUCGACUUCACCACUCCGUCCAUUGUAUGGUGAAUGCGUGAGUUUGUGGUAUGCUUGAGCGUAAAACAAUCGUUCAUGUAUGUAUUUGUCAUGGUUUUAUAGGUCUAGGUAAAAGCGAAGAGCAUGCAAAAAAAUAAACGAUAAACAAACCAAAAACACGAAAUGAAGACAAAAUUUCAGUGACAAAACAAAUGAUACCGAUUUCAUUUGCAUAGUUAGUAAGUAUGGUGUAACGACAAAGGCACAAACAAGACAUAGUUUUUUUUGUCUGAUGUAAGAACAGUCACUGUUCACACAAUAAUUUUCGUCGUUUGGCUCAUCUUGUGUUUACCCAUCAAAGCAUCACUUUCAUGGAAUUAACUUGAUAUACUAUUUUUGGUGGGAUUCUGUCAUUUGCGUUGCACGUUGUGAAAAUAAUGAGUUAUAGGUGCUUUGACAUCCUAAUGAGUAACAUGCAUGUCAUUUUGUUUUUUUAUGAAAAAUAAAACAUUCCAAUCUUCUUAUUUCAUUUCCCUGCUUUUUUUCCAACUUGUUUUUUAAACAGCCAGUCACAUUUUUUUUGCUUUUCUUCUUCCGUUGAAUUAAACAACAAUUUAUAUUUAAAUUUGUUUUGCUGGUUCAGUGAGUUUUCAUUAUGUGGCUCUGUAUUUAUUUUUCGUGAUUUAAUUUAUAUGGGUUUGGACAAAAUAAUCGAAUGUGCCAUUGUGCCUAUUGGAACCGUUUACAUGUAUUUGUAACAGUUUUUGAUUCACUUGUUGGAAUGUUUUUUCUUCUUUCAAAUAUGAAUCUUUUUGUUUUCUCUUUGUUUACACUUUUUUCGAGCAAUUUUUCCAUUCGAUUGGCUAAAAGAGAGAGAGAGAGAAAGAAAGAAAAACUAUGCCAUUGCUUAGACAUUCUGAUGUUGGCAAUUUAUUUUAUCUUUAAGUUGAACAAUCCAAUUAAUUGGAGUUGCCGAUGUUUGGUUACUUCUUAAUUAACUUGUCGUUUGAAGUAAAUCGUUUAAUCAAUCGUUUUCGCUUUGGAGAAAAAAAAUAACAGUGUUAAAUAUUGCACGCAAUUUUGUCAUCAAUUCGUUGAGUGAAAAACAAAAAUGUUAUUUAUAUUUGUUUGAAUGCGAUAAAAAGCGGUAGCGAGAAAGAAACAGCAAGUUUGAAAUCGAUUUUUCGAGAUUGGCCACGCAUAAUGCCAAUGCACUUUAUUUCGCAGAAAACAAUUGAAAUACAUGGUAGAAGCAACAAAAGCGUCAAUCGUUUGAAACUCGAAAAUAUCCAUAGAUGGUUUCAUUUUAUUUUAGUGGUUUUUUUUUUCGUUAGUUUUGCUAAAAAUUUCAUAUUGUACGAUUCUCUGAACUUAUUGAACGAUUUUGUUUUUUAUACACGCAACUUAGUCGCCAACAAUCGUUCGCAACCAUUUAGCAAUAACAUUGAAAUAAGAAUCGGUGUUUUGGUCACGAUCGUUUGGUCGCCCAAUGUCUAGGUACUUAGUCAAUUUGCUACGUUCAUUACAACGGUUCAUUUUCCUGUUUGACGAAACCACACAUUUGCUACACAGACGAAACGUUCGAAACGAACACUGUGAAAAUGCUUUCCGCAAGUCACAAUUUUCAAUCAAUUAUAUUUUCAGGCAGCGAGCUUGAAAAAUAAAAUAUUACAUAAUGUGUCGUACAUGAAGGAAACGAUAACAUGAAAUAACGAGAAUAAAGUCGGGAAUUCCUUUUUUUUUCUUUUCAAUGUGAUAAGACUUUUGAAUGAAAUGCCAAAUAUCAACCUUUUUAUUACAUUAUCGAUCGUAAUGAAAAUUUAAUACAGUAUGAACCGAAUACGACCAACAUGGAAGUGUUUGGGCAAGAAGAACAAAAUCAAUUUGCUAUCGUGUUGGAAUCGACUGAAUUCCGCAGACGUCAUUGAAUUGUAAACAUUUCGUUUACCGAUGUGAUUUUCUUUCAUCGUGUGCAAAUGCCAUUGUUUUGAUAUGUAAUUUUAACAAAGCUUCUUCAAAUAGAAUUUAAUAUGUUUGGCGUCGAAGGCUCUUGCACGUUUUAGAAUGUUUUCAUAUGAAUUGUGACGGGUUGCGAGACGCGAAAAGUCAAUAUUUCAGUAUGUUAACAACGGAGGAUAAAAAAAUGUUCGUGAUGUUAGUAAAAAAAAAGAGUAGACAACGCAGCGUUGGUAUUCGUUCACAUUUCAUGAUAUGGGCUUUGGCUCAUGCGUUAAACGUAUAUUUUCGGCGCUGAAUACAAAGAAAUGACCGAAGCAUAAAAAAACGCAUGCUCUUCAAAAUUUAUCCAACGAUACAAGCAUGAGCGAGAAGGAGAGACAGGCUCAAACUGAGAGAGUGUACCGCCAAACGCGUCGCAACAAAGUAUGACUAAUGCUGCGCCUUGUAACGAACACAAUUCCAAUACAUGCUCGUAGUGUAUGAGGAGCGCAGAUGCCGUUUUGAGUGCGUCGCGCAUCAAUAUCCAUCUCGCUCUCGAUUCAUUCGUUGGGCCACAGCCGAUAUCUUUCUGCAACGUUUGUUUCGCUCGAUACGCAUGGUUCCAUGUGUGAGUGCUUCUCGUUCGUCUCUGUGUGAGUGUGUGUCUGUCAAUGUAGGCAAAGAGUGCGCGAAAAAGAGAAGCGAACAAUGGCAAUAGCAUCACUAUACCGCAUCACUUCACUUUGGUUCAGUUUUAACGGUCGAAAAUACGACUUUCGCUGAGCCAGACAAAGCGAAUUAACGUCAGUUUCUGUUUAAAUUUUGGGCAAUUCAGAGUCAGGCUACGUACAGUCUUGGUCUGAGUAUUUUAAACGGAUUUUUUUGAAUUUUUUAUCCGGUGUCGCACCCUUAACAAAUUCAAAUUCCACCAUUUACACACAGUUUUACAUUUAUUCUUUUGGUGUGAAUUUUAUCGAGUUAAAAAAAAACGAUAAAAUAAUUCAGAAAGCAGACUUUUGAGAAACAAAAGAAGAAAAAAAAAGAAAGAAAAGAAAUUGGACGAUUCGUUGGUGAAUCGUUCCAUGAAUUUGAAAUCGAUUCGAAACGUGUUUUCUCGUAGUUGUUGUUGCUGUUUCUGUGCAAGCGUGUGCGUAAGAUUGUGUGAAGUGCAUCAUAAAAAUAAGUGAGGGAAAAGUCCAUACGAUAGUAAAACGCAGCUCAGUUGAAAGUUAUUAGAAAAUUUUCAAAGAUUCAAAGAAAUAAAAUCCAUUCACCAGCAUGGUUUCCUCAAGUAAAAUGCUGAAUGUCCGCGUCACCACCAUGGACGCCGAAUUGGAGUUUGCUAUCCAGCAAACUACCACCGGCAAACAGUUAUUCGAUCAAGUGGUCAAAACGAUUGGUUUGCGCGAGGUUUGGUUCUUUGGACUCCAAUACACAGAUUCAAAGGGCGAUCUCACUUGGAUUAAAUUGUACAAGAAGGUGAUGAACCAAGAUGUGAAAAAGGAGAAUCCACUUCAAUUCAAAUUCCGUGCCAAAUUCUAUCCUGAAGAUGUAGCCGAGGAGUUGAUCCAAGAUAUUACCCUUCGUUUGUUCUAUUUGCAAGUGAAGAAUGCAAUUCUGUCAGACGAAAUUUACUCGCCGCCCGAAACAUCCGUGCUGUUGGCAUCAUAUGCCGUGCAAGCACGACACGGUGAUUUCAACAAAAAUACACACAAUCCGGGAUUUUUGUCGAACGAUCGCCUGUUGCCGCAACGUGUUAUCGAUCAACAUAAAAUGUCGAAAGACGAAUGGGAACAAUCGAUUAUGACCUGGUGGCAAGAGCACAAGGGAAUGCUUCGCGAAGACGCCAUGAUGGAAUACUUGAAAAUUGCUCAGGAUUUGGAAAUGUAUGGCGUCAAUUAUUUCGAAAUUCGAAACAAAAAGGGCACCGAAUUGUGGUUGGGUGUCGACGCCCUAGGCCUGAAUAUCUAUGAAAAAGAUGAUAAGCUCACGCCCAAAAUUGGUUUCCCAUGGUCCGAAAUCCGUAACAUUUCAUUCAACGAUAGAAAAUUCAUCAUCAAACCGAUCGACAAGAAAGCGCCCGAUUUUGUGUUCUUUGCACCACGCGUUCGUAUCAACAAACGUAUUUUGGCCUUGUGCAUGGGCAACCAUGAAUUGUACAUGCGACGCCGCAAACCGGACACAAUCGAUGUGCAACAAAUGAAAGCACAAGCACGUGAAGAAAAGAAUGCCAAGCAACAGGAGCGUGAAAAAUUGCAAAUGGCGUUGGCCGCACGUGAACGUGCCGAAAAGAAGCAACAAGAAUACGAAGACCGUUUGCGUGCCAUGCAAGAGGAGAUGGAACGAUCACAGGCCAAUUUGAUCGAAGCACAGGAUAUCAUUCGUCGCCUUGAAGAACAAUUACGUCAAUUGCAAGCCGCUAAGGAUGAAUUGGAGUUGCGCCAAAACGAGCUCCAAGCGAUGUUGCAGCGUUUGGAGGAUGCAAAGAACUUGGAAGCAGCCGAACGUCAAAAGUUGGAAGACGAAAUCCAAGCCAAACAGGCUGAGGUGCAACGCAUCCAAGAUGAGGUCAACGUUAAAGAUAGCGAAACAAAACGUUUGCAAGAAGAAGUCGAAGAAGCCCGUCGCAAACAAGACGAAGCUGCUGCCGCUUUGUUGGCUGCCACAGCUACACCAAAACAUCAUCAUAUUACCGAAGACGACGAAGAAAUGACAAACGGUGACCACAGCGGCGAUGUAUCAAGAGAUUUGGACAUUGACGAAAAUAUUAAAGAUCCAGUCGAGGAUCGACGCACACUUGCCGAGCGCAGUGAACGCUUGCAUGAUCAAUUGAAGGCACUUAAACAAGAUUUGGCACAGUCCAGAGAUGAGACGAAGGAAACUGUCAACGACAAAAUCCAUCGUGAGAACGUUCGCCAGGGUCGCGACAAAUAUAAAACAUUGCGUGAAAUCCGUAAAGGAAACACGAAACGUCGUGUCGAUCAAUUCGAAAAUAUGUAAACUAUUCACUACUUAGAUCAAUCGAAAAGAAGAAAAAGAAGAGCAUGCGAAAACGUGUCGUUAGGCAGCACGUUGAACUUCUCGAAAGUGAACGAAAGAAAUCGAAAAUUUCAAAAAAUCAAAAAAAAUCACUAAACACAAUUCAAUUUUUUUGCUACAAUAAUUAUAAUAACAAAAUAAUAAUAUUUUUCUAAAUAGCAAUAAAUGAAAAGAAAAAAAACUUACUGCAUGAUGAUGUUUGAAUGCAUAUUUUUGCAUCUGAUUGAUAGGAGAAGCCGCUUAUAUGCUAUAUGAUAAUAAAUGAUACGCUCGGUUGAAACAAAUUCAAAUAUCAAUUUAAAUCUAAACAAAAACAAGAAAAAAAAACAUCAAAAACCAUUGUAUAAAAAGAAGCGAAUCGAAUGAUAUCAAUUAUUCCAUCAAACAAUUUUACAAAAAGGAACAAACAAAAAAUGUUAUGUCUAGGAAAACAAGUGAAUUUAUCAAGAGUCGCAUUCCACACACCUUUGCAUUUUGACUUGGUUCGAUACCAACGCAAAGCACGAUCACUAAAACUUUUCUUUUCUUUUCCAUUAAAGUUAAAAAAAAUUAAAAAAUGUUGUACAUUUCUUUCUUUAUUUGUUUUUUUUCUGGUACAAAAUUGCUAUAUAACUAUUGGUUUAUGAACACAAACAAUUUCAGUUAAAAAAAUGUUAUUUUCGAAAUUUCUUUCCCUUUAUUUCAGUUUAAAUAAAUGAAUGAAUAAAAAAAAACCAGUAAAAUAGCUUAUUAGUAUUAAUUAAGAAUCACUUACAUGAAAGAACUUGGUUAAUGUUCCAUACAGAGUGAAUCAAGUGACAGUAUUUCGCGACCCAUUGCGUUGGUCUACUGCAACAUAUUUCGUUACAACCAUUUUUCUGGCAAAACUUCAUUGGACUACCAUACACAGAGAAUGUACAAGUACAUCAUUCUAAAACUUUUCACCUUGUCCCUUUUGUUUUUUUCUUCUUCUUGAAGAAGUGGCAAAUAUUUUUGAAUAAUAUUAAGGAAAAAUGAAACAGCAAGACAGAAAGAUGUUGGGGAUACAAAAUGAUUUACAAAAAUAAUUAUGUAAACAAAACAAUAUUAUUAUUGAUAAAUAAAUGCAUUUUGGAAUAGAACGAAUAA